AUGAAUUCCCAAGAAUACCAAUACCUUUUAAAAUACUUAUCCCAACAACACUUACCUACAAUCGAUAACAAAACCAAAAGAAGAUUAGAAUUAAAAAAAGGAAUUGAAUAUGCAGAAGAAAAUCUGUUAACUCGUCUAUUCUACCUAGUGGAUGAAUUUCCAAAAGAGAAAGAGAGUACAAAAGCUAGAAUCAAAGUUAAUCAACAAAAACAAAAACGCUAUCAUGACCAAAAAGUUAAGAUCAUCAUAACACAUGAAAUAGGUGACAAAGUUUUAAUGUAUAAUGCAAUAAAAGAUAAAAAUUAUUCUGGUAAACUAGAACCAAACUGGAAAGGACCUUAUUAUAUUCAUACAGUACCACAUCCUGGUGUGUACAAAUUGAGAACCCUAGAUGGAAAAGUCCUAAAAGUACCAAUUAAUGGUUCCCUAUUGAAACGAUACAAUGAUAGGAAUUUUUGGAAAAUGUCACAAUAUUACUCAGAUUUAAUUAGAAUUGGAAGUUACACCGUAAGACAAAUUGAUAGACCUUAUAAUCUAAACCAAACAUGGGAAACUUCUGCUCAACAUGUAUAUCAACAAUUACAAACUGCCAUGAAUUCUCAUAAUAGAAUCAUGACUUUGGUAUACUGUUACUAUCUAGGAGAACUAGUUCAAUUUUCAGUAACUCCUAAAGCGAAAUGGAAAGAAUUUGUUCAAGAUAAUCAAAUUCCAAAUCAUUACUAUUUGUAUCGAGGAGUCACCAGAAUUUAUCAACUUUUUGAGAAAAACCCAAAUCAAAUGUAUUGUACCAUAACCUUGACUUACAACGCUAUUUCCAGAAUGAAAGUUUCUACAUUUAAUGAGUUGUUAAUAUACAACAACGAUCUUAAUGACCUUGUUGACAAUCUCGAGUUAUCAUAA